AAAACACGGAGAGGGAGGGGAAGUGCGGGCGGGGGGCGCUUUCACCGCCGCGACUCGAGGAGCCAGGCGAAGGCGCGGGGUUAACCUGCAGCUGCGGCUCUUCGGGAGGGAGUUGCUGCCACUCGCUCUCCCCAGCUGCCUCCCUUGGCAGCUUCUUGCGCGGGAAGGGAAUCCCCUCCCCACCUCGCCGCACGCCCGUUGUUGGAGCGACGCAGAUUCAUUAUGGUCACCUUUGCUGUCCUUGCUGCUCUGAUCCUUGCUACAGGACACUCACAAGAAGCAGAUGAAACUAUCACAUACACGCAAUGCACAGAUGGUUAUGAAUGGGACCCCAUCAUGCAACGAUGCAAAGAUAUCGAUGAAUGUGAAAUUGUGCAUGAAGCAUGUAAAGGUGGAAUGAAAUGUGUUAAUCACUUUGGAGGAUAUCUCUGUCUGCCCAGAACAGCCCAGAUCAUUGUCAAUAAUGGUCAAGAACAAACAGUAUCAGAGACUGCUGGUAGCAGAAACGGUAAUCCGAUCAUUCGUCGGACGCCCCCAGAUCAUGUGGCAUCUCGGAUACAGUGUGCUGCUGGGUAUGAAGCAAACGAUCAUAAUGUGUGCCAAGAUAUUGAUGAAUGUACCACUGGCACCCACACCUGUAGGUCAGAUCAGGUCUGUGUCAACUUAAGAGGAUCAUUCACCUGCCAGUGUCGAGCUGGGUAUCAAAAGCGGGGAGACCAGUGCAUUGACACUGAUGAAUGCAUGAUCCUUUCCUUGUGCCACCAUCGGUGUGUGAACAGUCCUGGUUCCUACUACUGCCAAUGCAACGCUGGCUUUCAGUUAACAACUGACAACCGCACAUGUGCAGACGUAAAUGAGUGUGAGACCGGCAACCCCUGCGCCCAGCUGUGCUACAAUAUAGUUGGUUCUUUCCUAUGCCAGUGCAAUCAAGGCUUUGAGUUAAGCCCAGAUAGAAUCAGCUGUGAUGAUGUUGAUGAAUGUAGAGCUUCUAACUUCCUGUGCCAAUAUCAAUGUGUCAAUGAGCCAGGAAGAUUCUCUUGUGCGUGUCCAGAUGGAUACCAGUUGGUCAGAGGAAGAAACUGUCAAGAUAUAAAUGAAUGUGAAGUAGGCAAUGAAUGUCGAGAAGAUGAGAUAUGUUCUAAUUAUCAUGGUGGCUAUCGCUGUUACCCAAGAAAUCCUUGUCAAGAGCCUUACAUGCUUGCAUCUGAAAAUCGCUGUAUUUGUCCAGUGUCUAAUCCUCUUUGUCGGGACCUGCCAUACUCCAUUGUUCACAAAUAUAUGAGCAUCCAUUCAGAGAGGACUGUGCCAUCUGAUAUCUUCCAAAUCCAGGCAACCACAAUUAUCCCCAAUACAAUUAACACCUUCCGGAUUAAAUCUGGAAAUGAGAAUGGAGACUUCUUUCUCAGGCAAACAAGCCCAGUGAGUGCAAUGCUUGUGUUGGUCAAGCCAGUAACAGGUCCACGAGAACAUAUCAUCGACCUGGAGCUGUUGACAGUCAACAACGUGAACUAUCGGUCAAGUUCAGUACUGAGGUUAACACUAAUUGUGGGACCUUAUUCCUUUUAGUCACUGAAGUUAAGUAAUUUGCAAGCACCCAGAGCAACCAAAGAAGCUUUCUUUUGAAUGAAGCACUUAUGAUUUUAUUUAUAGAUUUUACAUGGUGUUUUUUUUAAAGGAAAGAAAACUUUAUUAGAGAAAUCAGUACUUGUAAUCAUUCUAUUAUACAAUAUAACCUGGACAUUGUCACUUUCUGUUGAGAAACUGCACCUCUAUCUUGCAAUAACUUGUAGCCAUUACCAUCCUAUAGCAUAGCAGCUCUUUUCUGAAAAAAUGCAUGGAGGAAGUGAGACGAAUUACAUUCUUACUCUGCUCCUGCUUCUGUGUGAUUAGGAAAUUGCGAUCAGAAUUCUGUGCACAGGCAUAAAUCAGCUGUGCACCCUAUGCGGGGGUCUGAGCAAGCAGAAUUUCCAAUUUCAUGAAAGCGUAUGUCUUACUUUUGACACAUACAUACCCCUUCAUACAUUCAGUGAUCAUAGUCUGAGUUGUGGGGUUAGACCACAAAUAUAGUUUAUGUGAUUGCAGUAGCAUAAAAAAAGCCUUCAUAGAUUUUAUGAAACCCUUCAUAGGGUUUAUGUGCAUGUAUUUAAACCCAAUACUACUUUUAUCCAGUGAGAUAGUGGGCAUCAUAAUCCAAUAUGCCAAUAAAACUCCUUUGCUUGUAAUGGCUCCAUGUAUUUCAACAGACGAAAUCAAUCCAUAUGUUAUUUUUUCUGUUUAAGAGGGUGAAAUAACCCAGCUAUUAAGGAAAAGGGCUUCAUAUGUUCUUUGAAGCACAUUCAGGAUUAAACAGUGUGGCCCAGACCAAAGACUGCCAUUUUAAUAUCCACUGACAGUAAACUCAAUGGGACUUUGAUAGUUACUGAAUAGCUACUGAAUUAAACCACCAGUGUCAGCGAUACACACACACAUAUGCACAUACACACACAGCCUUCCAGCGUUCAAGGUCCUAGAUUCUGUGCUUUUAAAUCCUGUCAAGUAGCAAAACUAGGAAAGAACCCCUGCUGUUGACAGUCAAAAUACAGAUUGGGCUACAUGGACAAAUUCCUGCUUCACAUGUGGAAGAAUCAGAUAUUUCUCCAGUGUAAGUGAAACUCAGCAAAUCAUAUCAAUAAGGGAAAGUAAAGUGCUUCUAGAUAGGGAUUCUUGAAGUAUUGUAUUCCUUCAGGGCCCUGUAGUAGAAUAUAUAAACCAGUGUUUCUCAACCUUAGCUGCUUUCAGAUGGGUGGACUCCAACUCCCAGAAUUCGCCAAACAGCAUGGAAUUCUGGAGUUGGAGUCCACCCAUCUGAAAGCUGCCAAGGUUGAGAAACACUGAUAUAGACUCUUCUCUGUAUAUUAACCUGCAUACUGUAUGAAGGACAUUUCAGUAAUAUAUAUUAGAUAUAUCCCUUGCUGUUGUCCUUUUAAAGUGCCUUAUAAGGAUGGGUAAAGAUCAUUUUAAAAAAGAAGGAAUUCUGUAGAGAGUUAUUUGUUCUCGUAGUGGAUUUUUUAAAAACAUGAUGUAAGAUUAAUAGAUAUCGUAAAGAGGAAAUAGUUUGCACUUGGUGUUUCCUGAGCAAAAGAUACUGGGCAAACCUUUUCUACUUAAACAUACCACUCAUUAAUAUUUUAACUUUUCCAGGAAAAAUAGGACAUAAGGAGAAGUAUUUGCCAAACAUUAGUAAGGCUCUCAACCAAAACAAAAGAAAAAAUCAUUUGGAGAAAUCAUUUUGUAUAAGUAUUAUUGUUUCUUACAGGGAACAGUCUUUCAAGUUCUUGAGCAAAAAGAUGAGGACAAGUAGAUAUAUGUUUGUAUACUAAGAUCCCCCAAUCUAAAAAAACAGAUGUUUUUAUGUUAUUUCUUUUUAAAAUCAUUUUUGGCUCUGGCUUUUCUCUUUUUAAAUUUGAGGUCCAAGAGUUAGCUUCUCUCGAUAAAGCUUUCUACAAUAUGACAUUGACUUAGUCAACUGAUAUAUCUAUUUUAUAACUCGGAUUUGUGAUUCUAAAUGUAUGGUUUUUAGUUAAAAAAAAUGUAAUAGGGCCUUGAGUUAAAAGCAUUCUUUUGUAAUAUGUAAAGACUUCUCUUGUUUCUUAUCUAAAAUCAUAACAAAGAACUCUUUGAUGUACAUUUUUAAAAAAAAUAAAUAAAUAAAAGACAUACCUGUUUUAGUGGA